AUGGGAGACGUCGCCGUGGAGAACCCGGCGAGCGCCCUCUCGUCUCACACGAAGGCAGCUCCCUUGGACACGAUUCCCAACAUAGAUUCGCUCGAAGGUACAGGGGCUGACGAUGGUGACGAAUACGCUAAUUUGAAGAAACUGCAAAGACACCUGGAGUACAUCAAACUCCAAGAGGAAUACAUCAAGGAUGAGCAAAGGAGUUUGAAGAGGGAGCUGGUUCGUGCACAGGAAGAAAUCAAGCGGAUACAGAGUGUACCCUUGGUCAUUGGCCAGUUCAUGGAAGCGAUCGAUCAGAACACCGGUAUCGUACAAUCGUCGACUGGCUCGAAUUAUGUCGUUCGCAUCCUCUCUACCCUUGACCGCGAAAAGCUGAAACCAUCAUCCUCCGUCGCGCUGCACCGCCAUUCUAAUGCUCUUGUCGAUAUUCUUCCUCCGGAGGCCGACUCCUCUAUUGCUAUGCUAGGCGAAAAUGAGAAGCCGGAUGUCACAUACGCAGAUGUUGGUGGUCUUGAUAUGCAGAAGCAGGAGAUCCGAGAGGCAGUCGAGCUUCCUCUGACACACUUUGACCUCUACAAGCAAAUCGGUAUCGAUCCCCCUCGCGGUGUUCUCCUGUACGGCCCUCCAGGUACCGGAAAAACUAUGUUGGUCAAGGCGGUUGCGAACAGUACCACCGCUAGCUUCAUUCGAGUGAACGGUUCAGAAUUCGUGCAAAAGUAUCUCGGAGAGGGACCCCGUAUGGUCCGCGAUGUCUUCAGGAUGGCUCGAGAAAACUCACCAGCAAUCAUCUUCAUUGAUGAAAUCGAUGCCAUUGCCACAAAGCGUUUCGAUGCACAGACCGGUGCUGACCGUGAGGUUCAGCGUAUUCUGCUGGAACUUUUGAACCAAAUGGAUGGUUUCGAGCAGUCAAGCAACGUGAAAGUCAUCAUGGCCACCAACCGAGCGGAUACCCUCGAUCCAGCCUUACUGCGACCUGGUCGUUUGGACCGAAAGAUUGAAUUCCCGUCUCUCCGUGAUAGGCGUGAGCGACGACUGAUUUUCUCCACAAUCGCAUCUAAGAUGUCCUUGUCUCCUGAGGUGGACCUGGAUUCUCUCAUCGUCAGAAACGAGCCGCUGUCCGGUGCCGUUAUUGCUGCAAUCAUGCAAGAAGCUGGUCUCCGCGCAGUUCGCAAGAACCGAUACAACAUCAUCCAGUCUGAUCUUGAGGAUGCUUACUCUGCUCAAGUUAAGACUGGACAGGACGAUGACAGACCCGACUUCUACCGGUAA